CUUCGCUACGAUCGACCUGACCAUCGGUGAUAUUCUCAUUGUCCGAGGCGUCUCGGUCGAGAAGCUUGCCGAGAUUGACGAGGAAUGAACAAAGCGACGGCGGAAAUUCCGGUUCCGACGCUUCCUAGCUACAUCUCAGAUCCUCGUCAUCACGAUCCCAACAACCCUUCGCGUAGCACUCCAUCUCGACAUCUACCAUAAAAUCCUUCUUCGUCUUUAGUCCAUGGCGCUGAAUAGAAAUUGGGUGCCGAUGGGUAGCAAGAUAGUUCGGGGGCAAGGUGAUCGCCAUGGAGGAGAUGGCGCAGAAGCAGACUCGUCUGGUGGCCCGAUGCCCGGUCGAGAGCUCGAGGUGGACUGGCCAACACUGUUGGUGGAAGCUGGCGAUUCGGAGACGUUGGCAGAGUUGAGAAACAAUAUGAAGUGGUGGUUCAGCGCGUCCGACAACCAAGUCAAGAUUGUCCUCCUCGCCAAGUUCGACCGCGUCCAGGACCACAUCAUCCUCGAGAAAUGGAUCGAAGCCCCCGCCCCAUCCCAGCCAGGAGCUUCAACACUUAUACCAGAUUGCGCUCAAGUGAUCACUAUCACUAGGGAUCCUGGUAUCACCAAUACCGACCCCCUUCAAUUUGAUCAUACGUCGUAUAUUGUUUCUAGUAGUGGGGCUUUACGACUAGAAUUUGACCAUCUCUUCUUACGACAACCGGCCGCCAAGGGAGAAGGAGAUAUCAUUAUUAGUAUUCAAGAUCUUCAAGCGUAUACAGUGAAUUUCUGGAGGUAGGUUUAAUGACGUUCCAGUCUCUGAAUAGGUAUCCAUUAGCGGGAGACUUUCCAACAUCUGAAGGGCCUCAAGACGAUACGGCUCGCCCUUGAGGCUUUUCUCAAAGUUAAGCGGUAGCUCUUGGAGCCCCUAUUUUGGAAUCCCCGAAGCCUAUCCCUCUCUUAGGAAUGCCUGGUGAAAGCUCCCUAGGUAGGAGCGCCCAAGUAUCACGACAACAAAACAUUUAGGGGUUGGAUUGUACUUAAUACCAUUCUAGAUGUCUAGACAAAUAGGUUAGGCAGUUGAAACAGGAUAAGAUGGCUGAUAUACGUACUGCAUUGUACUACUUCGUACAUAUAAAGUGGUAGUCAGAGGAUAGAUCUGCAAAUACGUAGGGAUGUACAAGAGAAAGCACACC